AAAGGAAGAGCGAUUCUGUCGCAGGCCACUCCUCUUUUUUUAUUUGUCUCUUAAACUCCUUCCUCACUUCGUGUCUUCUCUUUCACCGUCAUGGCUUUCACUGGGAAAUAUGAGCUGGAGAGUCAAGACAACUAUGAGGAGUUUCUGGAAGCAAUAGGGCUUCUCAAUUCCAAGACAGACCACAAAGUGGUAACAGAGGUGGUUCAGGAGGGGAACGACUUCACCUGGACACAAACCAUUCCCAACUGGACCUGGUCCAAUAAGUUCAGCGUUGGUCAGGAAUGUGAGCUGGCGACAAUGAUGGGCUCCAAAUUCAAGGCUCCUGUCACUUUGGAAGGCGGCAAGAUUUCAAUACCGUUUCCUCAGUACCACUUCACAGCAGAGAUCAUCGAAGAUAAGCUCGUAAUGAAUUGCGUAAUUCCAGGAGAGAAGGGUGUGACUUUCAAAAGAAUUAGCAAGAGGAUCUAAUGCUGCGAGACUCAACAUGCUUCAAUGGAAAAGAGUAGACCACACCAUGAAAAUGCUUUCUCCAAUUACUGAAGCAAGAGGAAAAAAGUAACCAUCUGUAGUGAGGAGCAAGUGGAACAUCUCUCAGCUUCACAGGACUGUAUUUUGUUGUUUUAAUUUCAGAUCUAACUUAAUAGAAGUGGUGAAACUAGGCUACUCUAUGUAUUGUAUUCCUACAAGGAUGAAACAAUUCGCCUGUACCAGUGUUCUUGUUUGAUCAAGUAAAAAUCACCUAAAUAUAGCCAGUUUUGCCAAGCAAUACUGGGAUUUUCUUUCACUUGUUUCAAAUCAUUCAUGUUGUGUUAAUUUGCAUGGCCUGCAGAAUGUGUGCAGAGACUGUAAAUGUAAAGUUAGCUGUGGCAACAGGAGCUGUUGUUUUCCCAAGGACAAAGAAAAAAUGUUAAAUGAAGUCACACUUACAUUAAGAAAAACUUUUAAACAUGCCGACUCUCCAUGCUAUAAUCUGAACCUUUAAUUAUUUACAAUAUUUGAGCACAAAAUAAUUUUAUUGCCAUUAUUAUAAUAACAUCAACAUUAUUCAUCAUCAUUUCCUCUAUUUUUAUCCCUUUAGUGAGAGCACAAGCCUUGAAAGACGUUACCAUUGAUCAGUUAGUUGACUCAAACUAUUUUGGUAUGGUUGGAAGCAGCAUGGCCACUAGUGGCUAAUAGCAGGCGUCAUAAAAUUGUGUUGCUUGAAAACAGUAUCUUAUCAAAAGUUUCCUCAUUCUCUACCAGUGAUUGUUGAUGAAAUCUCCAGUUAAUAGAUGCAUCGAUGCAACAGCCUCCUGUUUACACACUGUUAUCAUUUGUCAUUUGAAGUCUUGAGUGAAGUAAACAGACACAUCUUUCAGUAUUUAUGAAUUUACACAAAGACACAAAAAUGAAUAUCGAAUGCUUGAAAUUAAUUAUUUAUUGUUGGAUCUUUAACGCAGCCUUUUCAGGUCUCAUUAAAUUAAGCAGUUCAUUUUGUCUUCUUACUAAUCAUCUUGUUAGUUACAGCACCGAUGGUGUUGACCUAAAAAAAGUGAGGGGGGAAAAAAAGGGAAGCUAUUUUAAAAAGCUGCUUUCUCGGUCACAUCUCUGACACGCACAUCUGCACACACAUAUUCACCGGUGUAAAGUUGUAUGUGCUCACCUCAAUAAGCUUGUCACCAGCCACUUCAGCAGUGUAAAUGUAUUUGGGGAACUGAAUCUUGAGUUUACCCCCAUCCAAAGUGACAGUGGUCUAAAAAUUAAAAAAACAAUGGAACAGUGGAACAAAGACCGUCAGUGUUUAAACAUCUAAAAUAUCAUAAAACAUUUUUUUUAAACUAAAAUAUGAAAUGACCUUGAAUGUCUCGCCAUCCAUAGUUUCCAGUUCACUCUCCUGCCCAAUGGAGAAUGUGUUGUUCCAGGUCUUGUCCAUCAGAAAUUUAGUCAACCUGAAGUCAUCGUUCUGAUAGAUAUCUGUUAUAAUUUCAUCAUUAUUGGUGUCUUUGGGGUCUUCAAUUCCUACAGAGAAAAUAACACAUACUUAACACAUUUUAAUCCAAUACUUCUGAAAUAUUUAUUUAUGUAAGUAAGCACAACUCUCUUACCAAGAGCCUUCAAGAAUUCCUCGUAGUUCUCCUGGCUCUCUAGCACAUAUUUCCCUGUAAAAGCCAUGAUGAAGCAAACACUCAGUGACAGUUGAAUUAAACUUAAUAAGCGACUGGGACCACUUUAUAUGCUCUUUCUGCUCUGCUCCCUUCAUGCAAAUGUUUUAUAUCUGUUUUUCACCAGUUUAACCAAAUUAAUAUAAAAAAAAUGUUUUAAAUCCA